UUCGAUGACCGAUGGUAACAAAGAUGGCGGGCGCGGUAAUGCGCGCAGCGAUCGUGUAACAUCGCCGAGACAGGCGCGUUGACGUACGUCGUGACGAGCCUCCCGUGUAGAGCGCCCGGGCGGACAGUAAGUUGUCGCGAACGCGCGUACAUAUGCGAGUGUAUGUAGGGUAUCGUGACUCUAUUGCGUGAGCGCGCCCGCGCUCGCUUGUGUCUAUAUGUGUGUGUAUGUCGCGCGAUCGCUUGCGUGUGCGUAAGCUGCGAGUUCUGACACGAGUGCGACAACGAAAUAUGUCAGAGGCAGCUCCGAAAGCAUGAGCGAGGGAGCGGACUCGGUUACGCGAACCUGCGGGAAUUCGCUCGCGACCUCCUCGACGAGUGGGAGCGAUGCAACGACCGGGACGGCGACGCCCCCGCCGUCACCGCUGUCUCCGCCGCCACCAUCGCCGUCGACAACGACGAGGUACACUACAGGUAGGAGGCCGCGUUUCGGCACCGGUGGCCCACCGCUGUCGCCGUACGUGUGGGUUGACGGCCGUCAGCUGCGGAGCGCUCUAGCUUGGACCAACAAAUGGCCAACGCGACCGCCCGGUGCUCUGCCGUUACGAGUCAACUUCCCUGCGAACGACAAUCAUCUGGUGACGGGCUACUUGGAGCCCGCCAAUCCAUGGCGGCACGCUGAAAAUGUGAAUCGCGAGGACUUAAUCUUCGCAUACAAGGAGUCCUGCACACGUCACAACACCGAACCCUUGCUAAACGUUUUAGUUCAGCUAGAGAAUCUCGAUAUAUCUCAAGAUCGGUGCGAGCAGCUGAAUUUGAAAGGAGAAAUCUUGGAUCAGGAUCAUGCUGAGCCAUUGGAGGAGAUAUUGAAGAGAGUACAAUUUAAUAAAAUUGAUCUAGAAGGAACAUCUUUGAACGAUGAGAGUGCCGUGAUAUUAUUUGAUAUGUUAGAAUAUUACGAGUCCGCAAAACACUUAAAUAUCUCAUUAAAUCCGGAUAUUGGAGCGCGCGGCUGGCAAGCGUGCUCCCAUAUGAUUAAGAAGACUCAGUGUUUAGAGCAGCUCGAAGCAAGAGACAUAAUGUUUAAUGAACAAAAUAUGAAUAUUUUGAGCCGUGCAUUACGAUUAGCUUGCCAUCUACAAAUUCUCAAAUUGGAAAACUGUGGAUUAUCGGGCAGAGCAAUCGUCAUACUUGUUACAGCCCUAAAAAUGAAUACUGGUAUACGGGAAUUAUAUUUAGCCGAUAACGGACUUGAUCUAUAUGAUGCUAUACAACUUGGAUCUCUCUUAAGGAUCAACAAUCAUUUGCAAUUGCUCGACAUUAGUAAUAAUAACGUCCAGGACGACGGAGUACGGGAUAUUUUGGAGGGCCUAAUCAAUCAAGUGAACGAAGAUAAAACUGGCAAGGGACUCAGUAUCCUGAUAUUGUGGAACAAUCGUCUAACCAAGAACUCGUCGCCUUACAUCUCGAGGAUUAUAGCAUUAUCGAAAACAUUGGAGACUCUGAAUAUCGGUCAGAAUAUGCUGACGGACGAGACAUUAAGAGUUAUUAACGAAUCACUGAAGCAGAAUCGUGUUCUCCUGCAAUUGGGCAUGCAAUCGACAGAACUCACGUGCGAGGGAAUAAUCACGCUUGCCGAGAUCAUGGAAACGAAUCAAAUUUUGCAGAGAAUAGAUUUGCGAGAUAACAGCAUACAAAUGCGCGGGAUGCGUGCUCUCGCGAAUGUAAUGAAGAUGAACAAGACCAUAACGCAGAUCGACUUGGACGACAAACCUCGGAUAAGAAUAGAUGGUCUCUUGCAUGAGUACAUGGAAUUGGUGGCGGAGAUUCGCGGUCGUUGCAACCAAAACGAGGAAGAGCGCCGUUUGCUGGAAGAAACAACCGAAGAUGCAGAGAGUCCACAGCACCCGAGUCGGCUACUAAACGCGAGCUCCCGUAAGAUCUCGCUCACCUGUCAGACACUGCCAAAUCCGUCCGGUCGAUCGGCGACAUCGUUGACCGCCGACGAGCCAGCGACGCGCGCCACACUGGAGCCGGCAAAACGCGGUGGCCGUCUGCGAUCUCCGGCUCCCAGUCCGAUUCCCUCACCUGUAGCUAGUCCGGUCCCCAGUCCGUCUCGGAAUCGUUUCGUCGUUUGUCGGGUGCCGGAGGCAUCGUUACGCUCCACCGAUUCCUCGGCAUCCACCUCGCCCGUCACCCCGCCAUCCCUUGGCUCUUCCCCAAAUUUCUUUUCUGGUGCGUCGAGCGGCGGCUCGUCACGGUUCCGCGUGUCAGUCGUCGAAUCGGCGAGCGCUGGUCGCUCGUCGCCUAAAUCGGUUGUCUCCUCCACUAGCGGCAGUUCGAUCACGAUCGGCUUCAAUGUUAGAAUCGACGCGGCCGAUUCGGACGAUUCCAACAGCGUUAUCAACAAGAUGGACGCUAACGAUAACACAACUGCGUCUGCGUCCGAUAUGUUUCACGUAGUCCCGUUAACAAAAGAAGCAUCCUCCUCGAGCGAAGACGUCACCACGAACGAAGAUCGUUGCGACGGAGAGAUGAAGAUUUCAUCGAGUGAACAGCAAGUUAAAACGGAUGAGACCGUUAGCGCGACAUCUAAGGGUGAAUGUGAAAAGAUGAUGGAGAUUAAAGAAGAGAUUAAAGAAGAAUUAGACCAGAAUUAUGUAACUGGGACGUGGCAAUCCGAAAAAAACGAGAUGAACUGCGAUGGAAACGGAAGCAAUUCAAGCAACGUUACGACGAUGAAUUUCGAGAUCGUCGCGACAGACGAUAGGAAUACCGAGACGAUCGCAGAUCGUCGUAUCGUGUACACAAGUACAAAGGAACUCCAAGUACCUGCAUAUCCAAACGAAGAUAUAAUUUCGAUUAGUGUAGUCGAGGAUGAAACCUCAAACGCGAUAAAAUUGUCCUCGGAUAACACUUCGGAAUCGAGCCGAGUCACUUCGGAAGAGUUAUCCACCUGCAUGUCGAGAUCUUCCACGAAUACCACUUGUAAGGGAAUGUUAUCGACUCGCACGACAGAAUCGCAUUCACGAGAACAACCGAGCACAUCAGUGCAAAAGCAUAAAUCCAGUCUAGAGAAGCUUCUAUCCUUGUUCCAGCAUCCCGGUCAGUUCUUCUCAGAUUCCUCGAGCGUAACCAUGGAUACGAAAAGCUCUCUGCAAGAGAAUGUCAGCGGUGUGAUGGCAUUAGGCGAUAAGCUGCAGCAGUACUUGAAGGAAAGAACCAAGAUCGAUGGUUCGUGUUCUUCAGAGCAUGGAUCUCCGUUGAAAAACAAAUCGAUGGGAAUGAAUAUAUCGCAGCUACAGAAUCUGACCGGCAUAUUUGCUUCUUCUUUCAAGCUUGAGCCACAGACGAGUCUCGUCAAGCACGACACCAAGAUUUUUGAUCAAGUGAAAACUCAGGAUGCGGAUAUCAGGGAGAGGGAUUUAGAAGAAUCGACAGAAAUCGAAGUUGCGAGGAUCGAUAACAACAGAAAUUUGCUCGAUCGAGAGAAUAAUCAACUUAGGAGAGACGAUGGCAAUAAUUUGAUGGAACAAGAUCAAAUGAUUAAGAGUGGCGAGAAAAAUUUAUUUGAUCAAAAACAGACUCAGAGCAUGAAAGAUGAUGAAAAAGAUUUAAUCGGUGAAGAGAAGAAUCAGAUUAUUGGGAGAGAUGAGAAUUUGUUUGAUCAAGAGAAAAAUCAGGUUUUUAAGAACAACGAGCAAAUGUUAUUCGAUCAGAUUAGCAGGGACAAUAAGGAUUUUAUCAAUCAAGAAGAAAGUCAAGUUUCGAAUAAUGAUGAGAAUGAAUUAUUCGAUUGGAUGGAAAAUCGAACUAUAAGAAUCGAUGAAAGAAAUUUAGAGGAUCAGAAAAAGAAACAGUAUAUAGUCAGGAAUGCUAAUGAAAAACUUGAAGAAAGCGAGGAAAUACAGGAGAGAGAUGAGAUUGUGGACGACGAUUCGGAAGAUCAGAGGCUGCGAGAUAACAUUGCGAGAAAAGACGGAAAAAAUUAUGCGAGUGUGCGAGAUGGCACACGCGAUGUUAACGAGGAGGAGAAUGCAUGUAAUACGGAUGACUUACGGUGGACAGAGUCUGACAGAAUUAGUAAUCGACUGUUACCUGAAAGUGUGCAAUCAAAGGACGAUUUCGCUAAUAAUUUAGUAUUAGGCGACUGUCACGUCGCAACAAAUGCAGCAGCGGUCUUGCCAUCAUCGCCGGCGAGUGAGUCUACCGCGUGUAUAAAUAUAAGAUUAACAGACAUAGCCGGAUAUUCUACUUUAGGAUUAGGUAAAAUUGCCGAUGUAUGUAUAGAGUGUAACGAUGCGAAACGUUUCGAGGAUUUUAUCGGCGAGGAAGAGCGUGACGAUAUGUUGCAGGAUUCGAAACGCACGGAGCGCAAUGAUGAUGCCGAGUGCUUAAGGCGCGAUGAUUUGAAAAUUUUAGGGAGUAAUAACACGAAGUGUUUACAACAUGACGCGGUUGAGGAAACGAAUACCGCGAUGAUAAGGACAUGUGAUAUAACGGACAGUAUUAAUCAGACUAGUGAUAGUAGAUUUUUUUCGAUUUCUAACAUAGCAUAUGGUAAUAAGAAAGCCGUAGAUAGCGUAAGUAUCGCGUCGAAUACGACGGACGACGAUGUCGACAUGAUCAGAUCUGUGUCGGAGAAUAGUGGGCUAUCAUCGACGUCGUCAAUGUCUUCGAAGGACGCGAGCGUUUACUUAAAUGAGGAAGUUACCAGUAACAUGCACCGAGAUCAUCGGUGCGAUUUUAUGAGGAGAAGGGAGGAGGAGGGGGAAGAUCUCCACGAUGAUAAUGCUUACCGCGAUUCCGUUGACCGUGCAACAAGUACAAGUAUAAAUAUUAAGAUAGAUUCGCACGGAGAAUUGGAGACGACGAGUCCUUACGACAGCCAUAAGACGCCAGAGCGACAGUUGUUCAUAUUAAAUAACACCGACAAGCAUCGAGUUAUCCUACAGGACGCUGCCGAGAGCGCGAAUCAUUCGGAGAACGAGGAGAGUAAGCGGACGGUCGAUCCGACCAUUCUCAUUACUCCAUCGCCACACGAGAUGUCCGUGACAAAUCUGGACAAGUCCAACGCGGAAGAGCUUAUCUUUUGCAUGACCGACGUUUCCACGUCCAUAGAGGACGAGCUAUCACCUCAGGGCGCUGCGUCCAGAAACUCACCGAAUAAAACGGCAGAGUCAUACUUUGAGCUUCCUGCUUCGAAUAUCACCGUGCCAACGAGCAGCACGCUUCUCAUCAAGAAUCCCGGAAGCGUGCACAGGAAUAGUCAGGAUUCCGGGAUCGAAGAGACUGCAUUGGCAAUCGAUGAUACUGUCGUUGAAAUGACAAAGGUGCCGCUGAUACCGCCGCCGCCGCCGCCACCACCGCCGCCACCACCGCCACCACCGCCGCCACCACCGCCACGCAGCAGUCUCCAGGAGAGCGUGGACUCGGGGAUUGAGUCGGAGUGUUCGUCGAUAUGCAUCAGGAUGGAAUCCGCUACGACCGGAAUCAGCACGCUGGAAAUGGUCACGACGUCGAAGACGCCAACGCGUGACGAUAACGAAGACGAGGAGGAAUUCGGCGAAUUUGCGUCGGAUUUUCUCGCGAGGGAAACACGACUGGUCGAUAGCGAUAAUACGAGUGGCGACGGCGAUGGUGUCUCGUAUCUCAGCGGCAUCAAGUGCACGGUCGUCAACUCGAUGCAACCCGUUGCCGAUGAAGGUAUCACUCGACCGGCAGCAUCGAUCGCGCACUCUCCCGCCGCCGUGCAUGGGACCAGCAGUCCGAAAUAAUGCAAUGAAAGGGAAUGAAACUGAGGCGGAGCAAAAAAAUAGCGGCGAAGCAAAGGAGAUAGAGCCAAUGGAGUACGAUGACGACGAGGAUGAUGAAAUUGACAAACUCGAACAAAUGAUGAAGCAGCUCGAG